AUGUCUGACAACCACCUCCACCCCCCAGCAGAUGACUAUGGAGUUAUGAGGGACAGCAGCCCAGAUGUGGAAGAGGCAAGCAUAAUGAUGCAAAUGGCGACUGGCACUCAGUUUUGGGGGAACUAUGUGAUUUUGGUGAUGUCUCCUAGCAUCUGUCCAAGUGAGUAUUGCAAAGAGAAAAGUAUUUUAAUAGAAGUAGCAAGUUUUGCUUCACCACUUCAGCAUGUUGUAAAAAGAAGUGAAGUGUCACCCAACAAACCUAAAACGAAGCUAGAAGAUAUAUCGGAAGCUCUAUUAAAUUUCUUCAAUCCAGUGACAUGUCGUCCCAAAGAAGAUCAAACAGUAGUUGCUUGCCACGCAGGAGAGAAUAUUAACAAGACUACUUGUCUGAAAAAUAGAUGUUGUCACUCUUCCAAAAAAAGCAGUCAACUGAAGUGCUAUACCCCACUCAAAGACAAUGUCCUGGCUUGUUCCACCGUCCUGGCUGAUGGUGCUGCCCAAAUAUGUGAAUGUUUCUGCAUUGGACUUCAGCUGACACUGCGACUGUUUGCACUUGGAAUAGGAGGAAUGAUUAUUUUGGGGUGUCUGCCAUUUUUCUGCUGUACAUAUUUACAGGGAAGUAAGUGUGCCAACCCUUUGCUAAGAGCAAACAAAGAAGUUGAGCAAAUUGUUCAGAAGCAAACAGAUGCGAGUGAAAACAUUGGUGGCUAUUUACUGGAGUUUCUUAGAGAAGAUGCUAAGGAAAGAAGCAAGCACAAGAAGAAAGAGAAAAUGCCAGCUGAUCUUGAACAGCCUAGGCAAGACAAGGAUGCCAGUGUAACCUGA